AUGGCCGACUCCUAUACCAGUUCAUCCUUCUAUUUCAGCUCAACAAGCACCGGUGACCACGGAAGCACUACAACCGGGCAUCGCUACUCAACGACCUCCCUCACUGAAGCAGACGGCACAACGAUCGUCCGCACAGCCCGGCAAGAUCUCGGGCAACCCCCCAUCGUCGAAGAACACCGCUACGACAGCACCGGCCAAGAGCAACUCACGCUCCCGGGUCUAGGCGGCACCUCCGCCGGCGGCGUAAGACGAAUCACAGAUCUUGACGAAGAAGGCUCAUCCGAGUUAUCCGCCCUCGACGAUGCGGACGGUUCAUUCAGCAGUGGUGCGACGCCGCAGUUUGACGGUGCGGCGGUGCCGUUUGGUACUAGAGUCGUUGAUGUAGAUACCGGUGCGUAUGAUGAGCAUAUGCAUUAUUACAGUGACAAGUCGAUGCGGCAUCAUCGGGAGUUGAGGGAUGCGGCUGGGAGGAAGUUUACGAGGGAUGUGGAUUUUGAUCCAUCGGGGCAAGGGGGUACGGCACAUGAGAGAAGGCAGUUUGAGAAUCCGGAGACGGGGACUAAGGUUGAGCAGGAUGAGGUUGUGCAGGCUUCGGAGGUUAUUUAG